AUGGAGCCUUCACUGGUGGUGAGAGACAGCUCUGUGAGGAACGUGACCUGCUCCAUCCUCAACCGCAUCCUGGGCCAGGAGAAGGCAAAGGCCAUUUUCAUCCCAGGCCUCUCCCUGGAAACCGGCUUUGGCUGUGAGCCUGAGCAUGUUGGUGCUCGUCAUCCUUGUGGCUGGCUAUUUUUUCAAGAAGGAACAUUCAGCAAAGAUGCAGGUGCUGAAGGCCAGAGGCUGAUCCUACUUCCUUGGUGCUACUGGGAACCACCUGCCUCUCAGAGAUAUGGGACCCUGGUCCCACAGUGUCUGACCCAGAAGCAAGGACUGGGGCUCCCAGAGCAGCUAACUGCAGGUACCAACUCUGAGGGCAGAUCUGGGGUCUGCCAGGGUCCCUGCAGCCCUGAACCUCCUGGAGCUGCUGAGUUUAGAGACGCUCCAGGAGGUCACAGACUUUCAAAGCUGGAACCAGGAGAAGCAGAUGAGUUCCUGGUGAUUGGCCCCACAGACCCCAUUGUGGCAGUGCUGGGCAGGGACACCAUGCUGCCCUGCUACCUGAUCCCAGCCAUGAGUGCAGAGAACAUGGAGCUGUGGUGGUUCCGUUCCAUGUUCUCAGAAGCAGUGUUCAUCUAUCAGAACCAGCGGGAGAGGUAGGAGGGGCAGAUGCCACAGUACUCAGGGAGGACCUCCCUGGUGAAGGACUUCCUCACCCGGGGGGAGGCUGCUGUGCGCAUUGACAAGGUCCGGAUUUCUGACAAUGGGCUGUACACCUGCUUCUUCGGAAAGGGACGCUUCUAUGAGAAAGCUACUUUGGAGGUGAAGGUGGCAGACUCUGAUGGGUUGUACCGCGUAGAGGCCUCGCUGGUGGUGAGAGACAGCUCUGCUGGAAAAGUGACCUGCUCCAUCCUCAACCCCAUUCUGGGCCAGGAGAAGGCGAAGGCCAUUUUCAUCCCAGGCCUCUCCCUGGAAGCCGGCUUUUGCCGUGAGCCUGAUCAUCCUGUGUCUCCUCAUCCUUGGGGCUGGCUAUUUUCUCAAGAAAGAACAUUCAGCAAAGGUGCAGGCGCGGCAAAAACAGGAAACUCUUCAGCAGGCUCAGGAGGAGGACAGGCAGAAAACGGAGGAGGCACUGAAGGCCGGAGAUCAACUCCAGGCAGAGCUGGACUGGAGGAAGGUGGUUUACCAGGCUGGGCGCAAGUCCUAGGCGGUAUGGAUGAGGCGUGGAAUGACAUUCCCAGGCACCACAAACAUGAAAGGUGCCUGACUGAGGCACCCAGACGAGAGGGUGAAGGUGUUUCUGCUGAUGUGUCACCGCUAUCAAUGUCUAUUCAUCUUGAAAUUGGAGCCUGGAGGAAGGCCCAGUUGUAUGCAGAUUGGCGGAAGGAGCAGUUCCAGACCUGGUCAGUCACUCUGGAUCCAUUUUCUGCCCAUCCCAGCCUGUUCCUCUCUCAGAAAAACAUGCGUCUGACCUGGAAGGACACUUGUGAGAAUCCGGACUCUGAAAGAUGCAGUGUGUUGGGUCUUGAGGGCAUCACUUCAGGGCGAUGUUACUGGGAGGUGGAGGCCAGAGGUUCAGACAUAAGUGUAUGGGCUGUGGGGGUCUGUAGGGAAGAUGUCGUUAGGAAAGGCUGGUUUACAGAGUGCCCAGAAAAGGGGUUCUGGGUUGUGGAAUGGUAUUUCGGUGAGUGUUUUGCCUGUACUAUUCCUUGGACACAGCUAAUCCUUAGGAAGUAUCCCUUCACGGUGGGGAUUUUCCUGGACUACGAAGCUGGAGAUAUCUCUUUCUACAACAUGACUGAUAAGUCCCACAUUUUCUCCUUCUCUGAAGCUUCCUUCUCUGGGACGCUCUUUCCAUAUUUCAUGUUAAAGUCAGGAUACAUGUCCCUGAACAUCUGCUCCAUGGUAGGUGGGUCCAAGGGGCCCCCUGUGCCCCUUAACAAAUCUCCUUCUUUGAAUGAGCUGCUGAGCCCUUCAGGGGAGGGGUUGAGCUCUGGCUCUGGUGGGGAUGGUGUUCUCCCAGGGCCUGAAUCUCCAUUACUCCCCCACAACUCCAAGGCUGUGCCUCCAUAGGGACGCAUCUCUGUCCCUGUUUCCUUGCUAUGCUUUUCUUGGAGCUACAGACUCCCCGAGGUGGAAGACUCUGAGGUGAGUGCUGGAAGUCACUGGGAGUCAUGCAUUUGUGCUUUUGGCUGCAGACUGCUGGGGGACUAUGUGGCUCUGAGAACUGCCAGUUCAUGUUUUGUGCUUCUAUAGCUAAAGGAAAAAAAAAAUGACUUGUUUGAGCUGGUUGAGUGUAGGUAGAAUUUGGGUAUGGGAAGUCAUUUUACUUUGGUAAUGAAUAAUACUUUGUGAACAUUUUAUAGUGUUUGUAUAUGAAAGGACAGGGGCUGAAUCCCUCUGCAGUAUAGAGUUUGCUUAAUCCAACUUGAUUUUGUUCAGAGUGUAGGGCCCUAGCUCUACUUUGGAGGGGAUCUAGGCAGUCUGAUCAGAAAAUGUGCAUAUUCAAAAUUUUCCAGGGAAAUGAUUGGUUGAUGGACUUCUAAGAUGGGAGAAGUCUAAUAUUCACUUCAUAUACUUCUUCUUGGAUGCUGAAACACACCUAUUUUCACAAAUCUUCUGUACAUUUCUGUUACCCAUGAAAAUACUGUGUUGCGUUAAUUCAGGAAAUUAAGAAGAAGGAUCUGGUUGCUCUUUUGGUGAACACUAGGUGGAAAGAAGAGAAAUACUAGCCAAAUUCAGAUGUAAAUGGACAAGAGAAUUUUCUGGAGCAGGAAAUUGCAGACAGCCUUGGCAGGAGCAUUGUCUCAGUUAUUAGUGUGUUGCCUCUUAGUACUUCCACGUCCAAUGCUAGAGGUAAAUGGAAAAGCACAGCAACCAAAAAGGGACAGGACUGUUGAGUACUGACACCCUUCAAGAAUGAAGGUGUAUUCAUUCCACCAGGUACUCUGACCAGCUGAGGUUCUGGAUGAGGGUGGGGGAAACAAGGAAAGAGAAGUAGAAGUCAUACUUUUCAAAUCUAAUUUUGUGGCCAGUUGUAGAAACAAGGAGUAUAACAGCUUUGCAUAUUUUAAUUUGGGUUCUCAUGUGUACGUGUUUAUUUGUAUAUA